UUUGGUCCUAAAAUGAUGGGGAGGUUUGAAUGGAAGGAGUGGAGAGCAAACCAAAUAUGAACAAAACAUUCCACGUCAAUCUCUCUAUCCUCACAUUUAAAGCAACAUUACAUCACAAGCCUAAAAAAUGUGAACAUAAAAAACAAAGCAAAACAAAAAAACACAAACAAAGGAAGAAGAGUAACAAAUUGAAGAAGAAGAAGAAGAAAAAUAACAAAAUGUCGUGGCAAACUUAUGUGGAUGAACAUUUGAUGUGUGAUAUCGAUGGCACAGGACAUCAACUCACCGCCGCCGCCAUUCUUGGCCAUGACGGUUCUGUUUGGGCUCAAAGCACUUCCUUCCCUCAGUGUAAACCUGAUGAGAUUACUGGUAUCAUGAAAGAUUUUGAUGAACCUGGCUAUCUUGCACCUACUGGCUUACAUCUUGGGGAAGUUAAGUAUAUGGUUAUUCAGGGAGAGGCUGGAGCUGUCAUUCGUGGAAAGAAGGGAUCUGGAGGAAUAACCAUAAAGAAAACUGGUCAAGCUCUAGUUUUUGGCAUCUAUGAGGAACCUGUUACACCUGGACAAUGUAACCUGGUUGUUGAGAGGUUGGGAGAUUAUCUUGUUGAUCAAGGUCUUUAGAUCAAUAUUCUUCAAGAUUUUAAUAUUUAUGUUUUUUUAUAUUUUAUUUUUUUGCAAUUUUGGCAUGUAUACAUUUCAACCUUAAAUUGGGUCUUUUUCUGGGCACCUAAAUUGGGAGUUGUCUCAGACAAUAAUUAUGUGUGAAUUAAUCAAAUAUAUUUUUAUUGUUUGAA